CUAACUGCGGCUGCUGAAGAGAUAUUUGGGCUGUUUGAAAGAACGAUAGCAGAGUACGAGGAGGAACUUUGUCGAUCAAAAGAGGAGAACGAGCGACAGCGUAAACUACUGGACGCUGUUUUCAACCCUCAGCUUCGGUUACACAGAGCAGACGUCCAGCAGCUGUUGGUGGUUAAAGAAGAGGUUCCCCCUGAGCAGCAGGAGUGGAGCUCCAGUGUGGACCAGGAGGACCCAGAGCCUCCACACAUUAAAGAGGAACAGGAGGAACUCUGGAUCAGUCAGGAGGGAGAGCAGCUUCAAGGGCUGGAGGAGGAUGAUAUCACCAAGUUCACAUCCACUCCUGUCCCUGUGAAGAGUGAAGAUGAUGAAGAGAAACCUCAGUCCUCACAGCUUCAUCAAAGACACACUGAACAGAUGAGAACAGAAGCAAAAGGAGAGGACUGUGGAGGAGCAGAACCAGCCAGGAACUCAGAUUUGGACAGACAUUUACAACCAGAGACUGAUGACAAGACUGGAGAGUUGUCUGAACUAGAGACUGAUGACAGUGAUGAUUGGACGAAGACCAGAGAACCUCAGUCAGGUUUAAACUCUCUGAAAAAUGAUCAAGUCUCUGUCAAUGAUUUGAUUGUUGGUGAGAAACGAUUUAGCUGCUCUGAGUGUGGGAAAAGAUGUGGUCACAGUGGAGAUCUGAAGAAACACAUGAGAUCUCAUACAGGAGAGAAACCAUUUAGCUGUUCUGAGUGUGGGAAAAGAUUUGGUCGUAGUGGAAUUCUGAAGCAACACAUGGUAGCUCAUACAGGAGAGAAACCAUUUAGCUGUUCUGAGUGUGGGAAAAGAUUUGGUCGUCGUGGAAUUCUGAAGCAACACAUGAUAUCUCAUACAGGAGAGAAACCAUUUAGCUGCACAGAGUGUGAGAAAAGAUUUUGUUACAGAGGCGAUCUGAAGAAACACAUGACAUUUCAUUCCACAGAGAAACCAUUUAGCUGCUCUGAGUGUGGGAAAAGAUUUGGUUGCAGCCGUGAUCUGAAGGGACACAUGAGAUCUCAUACGGGAGAGAAACCAUUUAGCUGCUCUGAAUGUGGAAAAACAUUCGGUUACAGCGGAGAUCUGAACAAACACAUGAGAUUUCAUACAGGUGAGAAACCAUUUAGCUGCUCCGAGUGUGGGAAAACAUUUGUUUACAGUGGAGAUCUGAAAAAACACAUGAGAUCUCAUACAGGAGAGAAACCGUUUAGCUGCUCUGAAUGUGGGAAAACAUUUGGUUACAGUGAAAGUCUUAAAUUACACAUGAGAGCUCAUAUAGGAGAGAAACCAUUUAGCUGCUCUGAGUGUGGAAAAAGAUUUGGCCUCAGGGCAAUUCUGGCAGUACACAUGAGAUCUCAUACAGGAGAGAGACCAUUUAGUUGCUCUGAGUGUGGGAAAAGAUUUGGUUACAGCGGAGCUCUGAAGAGACACAUGAGAACUCAUACAGGAGAGAAACCAUUCUGUUGCUCUGAGUGUGGCAAAACCUUUAGUCAAAGUGGAGAUCUUAGGAAACACAUGAGAACUCAUACAGGAUAAAAAACAAGCUGCCCUGAGUGUGGCAAAAGAUUUGGUUGUUGCAGAGUUCUGAAGGAGCACAAGAUCUCAUACGGGAGAGAAACGAUUUAGCUGCUCUGAGUGUGGGAAAAAGAUUUGUUUAUAGUGGAGCUCUGAAGAGACACGAGAUCUCAUAUAGGAGAGAAACCAUUUAGCUGCUUAUUUUGUGGGAAAUCAUUUACACAAAAUGGAAAUUUACAUUCACACAUGAGAAUUCAUGAAGGAGAAAAGUGACUGAACUGUUCAGUCUGGAAAACAAAUCUAUUUGCAAUACGAUUAUAAUAAAAACACUCAUGAGAAGUCAUAUGGGAGAAAGUCUUUAAUUUCAGUGUCUGUAUGAAGUCCUUUACACAGACUAGACAGUUACACACACAUUCAAACCCACACAGGAGAGACACACUAAAGCUGCAGUGUUUCUCACUUCAGAUUAUCUUGGCCUAAAGCGUCUUCAACCUGAGACUAUGACAAGAUGAAAGACUCUACUCAACCUAAACCUUUCUGGAAAUUAUUUAGUCUCAGUAUGUCAUGUGACAGACUGGGGACAGGCAGACUGACACAGACCUAAACAUUUAUGUAUGUAUGUAUGUAUGUUUUUAAAUGUAUGUAUUUACUUUGUAACAGCUGCGGCCAUAUAUUGUAAUAUUCAUUUUUUUUUAUGUGAGAGUAAGACCUCUUCUUUUUCUGAGGAGUUAUCUGGUGGUUACUGGACUUUUACUGCUUGUCAGGGGCAGGGCAUGCAGCACUUUGGCUCUUUCCUGUACUUAGAUCCAGAGCAGGAGAGCUACUCUGGCUGCUACUCACAGGAGAGCCUGGGAGCGUUUUUAAAAACGCAGAUAUUUUUGUUUGCUUUUCAGGUGGUUGACGCAACAUAUGUUCUGAUGAGUGCUCUCUGUGCGACCAUGUAGAGACAGAAAUGACAUGCCACCCAGUUUUAGACAGGUCCUCAGACUCUGUAGUGACAAGAACCAAAGCAGCCAGAUCCAUGCUGGCCUUUAUGAAAGAUCUAAACCUCUGUGACACCUGGAGACACUUUCACCCCACAACUAGAGACUAUUCCUUCUAUUCGUGUCUACACAACUCCCAUACGAGGAUAGAUUUUUUUCUUACAUCUAACCAAUUAACCCAUAGAGUUAUGGAAACUGAAUAUUUAUCGAGGAUCAUUUCAGACCAUUCCCCACUGACACUCUUAUUGUUAAUACUUGAAAAAAUCCAGGGACCAUACACGUGGCAGCUGAACCCAACUUUGCUCAAAAAAGCUGAUUUUUGUAAAUUCGUGAGAAACCAAGUUAAGUUCGUCUGUGAAACAAACUGUGUCUUUUCCCCCAGUAGCUUUGUAUUGUGGGACACAAUGAAAGCCUUCUUAAGAGGGCAGAUAAUUUCUUAUACCAAUGGUUUAAAAACACAUGGCUGAAAUGAAUGAGCUUGAGAAAGAAGUCCUAUAUUUGGAAAAUGAACAACAUAUGUCACGCUCAAGGGAGACCUACUAAACUUGAGUAAACAAAAAGCUCAAAUAUAACCUCUUGAACACAUACAGAAUAGAAAUAAAUAUUCUUUGAACCAAACACAGAUGCUAUGAAUUGGGGGGAAAGGCGCAGAAAGUCUUGGCUUGGCAGUAGAAGACGGGAGAAAUCGAGAAUUGUUAAUUCCAUAGAAAUUGAAAAUGGGACUGCAGCAAGAAACCUAAAAGAAAUGAAUGAUUGCUUUAAACACUAUUAUUCUGCAUUCUAUACAUGAAAGUCCACAGAUGACCCUGCCACAAUUGAUACAUUCUUAUUAACUAUUGAACUACCAAACUUAACGGAGGAGGACCAGGAGGAGAAGAACUCCCCUUUCACUCAAAAAGAAAUCAAAAAAGCCAUCUCCUCAUUACAGUCUAAUAAAUCACCCAGUGAAGAUGGGUUCCCUCCUGAAUUUUACAAGGAGUUAAAAAACCUGCUUGUCCUCCUCUUUAAAGAUGUUUUAAAUUUGACAACAGAAACUCAAACUCGACCAGAUUCCUUUUCUAUGGCUUUAAUAAUGGCUACUCAUAUGAAAAACAAAGACCCCAAAAAAUGCACCUCCUAUAGGCCUAUUAGCUUUCUAAAUGCAGACUUCGAGAUUAUUGACAAAGCCUUGACCAACAGAUUAAACAGGUCCCUCUCUAAGCUUAUCAAUAUCGACCAAACAGUUUUUAUGAACAAACGAUUUUUAGCUGAUAACCUCCGCAGACUUUUCAACAUUAUUCAUUUAGGAAACACUAGAGAUGAACCCACUAUUGCACUCUCAUUGGAUGCAGAAAAGGCCUUUGACUGCCUUGAAUGGCCACCUCUUGAACAUCCUGUCACUCAUUUGUCUAAAUGAGUGAUAGGAUGUUCAAUAGUUGACAUUUCUCCAGUACGUCGGAAAAUAUGGCCCAGGUUGGAAAAAAAAUGAGUUCCCCUUUAAAGGCUGGAUGUAACCAUUCCGAUGUUACACUUAUGGAUUCCCUGUGUAAACUGUCUACUAAUAUUUAGUGAUCUUAAUUUUGUGUACAUGGUCUGUGUGGAUUUUAUCAUUGUAUUUCUCUUUUUCCAUCCUUGUAAUAUUUUACUGAGUCAAUAUGUGAAAUCAAAUGAACUAAACUAAAAAUCAACUGUAACACUUCAAUAAAAGUCAUUUGAAUAAGUGUA